AUGGGUCACGUCAAGAGUUACUCAGGAAUCAGGCUCGCGGCCCCCGCCAUAUGCAGGGGCUUGUGGGGUGGGGGCGUUUUCAAACUUCUGACUUCCGGGCGCCAGGGUCGCAUUCUGGCCAACUGCUCCACCAUGGAACCUUGGCAUUUUACCCUGAUGGGCAAGGAACAGCGGAGUGGUGUGUUUGGCGAGGCUGAAGUUCUGUAG